AUGGGAUGGGGCGCGCGAUCUGUUGAUGGAAGGGGCGAAUUAAAGAGCUUUGUCGUAAUUGGCUUUGGGCUGCACGUCGCGUCGCUUGAUUACGCUGAGCGCUUCGAGGCCAUCCACUCGCCGCACACGGAGGACUGGACGCUGCGCAUCCGCUACCCGCAGAAGAAGGACUCGGGCAUCUACGAGUGCCAGAUCAGCACCACCCCGCCCAUCGGACACCCCGUCUUCCUCACCGUCGUCGAACCAGUGACGGAGGUGCUGGGCGGGCCGGACCUCUUCAUCGACCGAGGCAGCACCAUCAACCUGACGUGCCUGGUGCGCUUCGCCCCCGAGCCGCCGCCCGCCAUGCUCUGGAGCCACAACAGAGAGGUGAUCAACUUCGACUCGCCGCGCGGCGGCAUCAGCCUGGUGACGGAGAAGGGGCCCGUGACGACGAGCCGGCUGCUCAUCCAGAAGGCCAUCCCCACCGACUCGGGGCUCUACACGUGCGACCCCUCCAACGCCAAGUCGGCCAGCGUCAGGGUGCACAUCCUCAACGGAGAACAUCCGGCCGCCAUGUACCACGGCGGCGCGGGCGGUCUGCGAGCGGCGAGCGCGCUGGCGUCCGCCGCAGCCGCCGCCGUGCCGCCGCUGCUGCUCCUGCUGCUCCGACUGCUGCGGUGGCAGUAGCGCCCCCAACAUAUCAGCGGCGGCCCCCGCACCCGCUCCCGACGCCGCGGCCUCCACCGUACCCCGAGGCGGCCGCGGGGCGGCGAGCGCGCAGGGCGCCGCCCGGGCCCCGCCCACGCGAAACUCCCGCUCGGAGCCUACAGUGAGUCACCGCCGCCGGAGUUGCCGCCACCGCGCCCGCUGCGCGCGAGGGGCGCCACCGUCUGCCGAGCAGGGCCCUGGGCGCGUCGCCGGCUCUUGUGGUCUCCCUGCCCUCUUCGACGGCUUCUGCCUCGGCCUCCGCGCACCGGCGCCCCCGGUGCAGUGUGCGACAGUGGGCCGCUCGGCCGAGUGAACUCACGCACUGACGUUUUAAUUUCUUGCCUGAAAAUAUUUUUUGUUACACGAAUGUUUAUUUUAGACAUAUUAAGAAACUCGGAUUAUGAGAGUGUGUCUGUGCAUCCGUCCUGCCUGCCCAACCGCUCGGUGCGGCUUCCCGAGGUGUGGGGUUGGUUCAAACUCAAAAAUGGGGUCCGGCACAGCGGGCUCCUCGCGUUUAACGGCACCUCUCGCUGCACGACUUAGUGCCAGGGACGCUCCUAGUCACGUGCUCGGAGGUGCCCCUCGUAAGUACACGAAGGUGCACGAAGUUGCGCCCAAGUUCCCCGAUUGUGCCCGACGCCACACGAUUGUGCCCAAGGGUGAGCCUGAUUGUGCCGGAAUGAGCUUGUUUAACGCACGAGAUGGCCCCGUUGCGCACGAUCGGUUACGAAUACUCCCUAAAAGUUCUUUACUGUGUCCUGUUGUGUGCAGCAACGUCCCUGCGGCAAUCGCGUGCUCCCCGGACUUCGAGAUCGUGAAGACUGCCUGAGCACCGAAGUGCGCAUGUUUUCUUUAACCUCCCCAAUAAGUUUUAAAUAAGUGUACGUCAAAACUUGGAACAAAUGUAUAGUGAUUGAUGUGUCAUUACAUGAAAUACAUUCUUCUCUUAUAAAGAGACAGUUUUCAGAAUAUCAAUCUGAAAGAUGUCGAAAUUAUCUGUGAUAGCUGAGAAUCACAAAGAACACAUGGCACCCCCGAAAGAAUAAAUAUGCAUGAC